CGUAUUUCUUUUUAUUUAACUAUAGCAGGUGAUUUCACAAAUAUAUUUGGAUGUUGCUAAUUAUUUUGCUUAAAUUGCAAACCUUUUUGUACAGUAAUAAUUCAUAUAAGCACAAAAACUGAUUUUAAAGUGUUUUAUCCGAAUACUAAUCUAACUAUUUGGACAAUUGAGCUAGUAUAGCCGCAUGUUGCAACAUGAAACAAAUCUACACAAAAUAGAAAAGCUGUUGUACUAAUAUGCUGAUUUUGUAAUUAACGCAAAAUAGCUUAAUUAAACCUGUUUUAAAAUAAUUAACUUAAAACUUACAUAAUUUUAAAAAUAAACAGGCCUAUGAUGUUAUUAAUGUAAUAUUAGUGUUACCGCUAAAAUAAUGCUACACUUACCGCAUCACGUGUAGCUUUCUAGGCACGUAAAGUCAAAUAAAGUAGAUCACAAGCUUAGUUGGCAUAUUGGUUCACACAUGUUAGUGGAAUUCAGUAUCCAAAUAAAACCAUGUGUUAUUGAAUUAUAUAUCUUCAAGUUCUUACUAAAAUUCUCAGCUAUCCAGUCAUUGACUUUCUAAUUUUAUUUAGAAUAUGUCUUAUGCAAUUUACGAUCUUAAAUUGUAUGUAAAGUUUACUCUAGCAAUUAAUAUUAACAGAUCUGGUGGGAUUUUUAGAAUUAGGAUAAUAUAAAUCAGAACAAAAGUUAUCAACUAAUCUUUAAAAAAAUCAACAUACUAGAAGUCUAGAACGCAUGGCCAAUAUAAUAAACUGACGUGCCAAAUUAAUAAUAGAUUAAAUAUGAGCAUUUGAAUGAUAUAAACUUAAAUACAAACACCGUUACUCAUCAUUUUUACUUCCAAAGUCAUGAUCAUGAAGGAGGAUCGGCGUUUUCCUCACAGACAUGAAGUCCUCCAGUUCAUGAAAACCAAACCGGCACUCGUUAUCUUCAUAGUACUAACUUAUGCCUUUGGUUACUUGACCGCAUACUAUAAUCACGUGCCACCAUCGACGACGGUGUUGAAGACCGUCAAGGCGACAAAACCUCGCGGUUCCCUAGUUGACAACUUCCGAGUAACGACUCGCUGCGGCGACCCUGUUCCGCCGGAAUCAAUCCGACAAACGGUUAUCGACAAGAUAUUCAACGGAACGUCUCCGUACGUUGACUUUCCACCACCGCACGCCGGGAAAUAUCUCCGGUCAAAACGAAUUAAAGGCUGGGGAUCGUACGGAGCCGUCUUCGAGAACUUAAUCCGACAGGUCAAACCUCGGACCAUCGUCGAAGUUGGAAGCUUUCUCGGCGCGUCGGCGAUUCACAUGGCCAAUCUCACGCGCCGCCUUGGGCUCGAGGAGACUCAGAUUCUAUGCGUAGAUGAUUUUCGUGGCUGGCCCGGUUUUCGAGACCGGUUUAAAGACAUGGCGUUGGUGAACGGCGAUGUCUUGCUUUUGUACCAGUUUAUGCAGAACGUGGUCAGCUCCGGUUCAACCGGUUCGAUUUUACCGGUUCCGUUCUCUGCUGGUUCGGCUUUGGAGAAGCUGUGUGAGUGGGGUGUGACGGCGGACCUGGUGGAGAUAGACGCGGGUCACGAUUUCAAUUCGGCUUGGGCUGAUAUAAACCGGGCGGUCCGGAUACUUCGACCCGGCGGAGUUUUAUUCGGUCACGAUUAUUUCACGGCAGCGGAUAACAGAGGAGUGAGGAGAGCUGUGAAUUUGUUCGCAGAGAUUAACCGGUUAAAAGUCAAAACUGAUGGUCAGCAUUGGGUUAUCGACUCAGUUAAUGUUACUUGAUUCCCUUUUUAGUAUAAAAAAAAUAUGGCCGAUUUUUUUUUUGUUUGUUUGUGCACGAAAUGCAGAAUUUUAAAUGCGAUGUAUGAUAAGAUAAUGGAUGAUUAUCAAUUCAAGAAAACAGAUUUGUAGGUUUUAU